CGUCAUGAUACAUUUCUGCAACAGUAGCGAAAUAUUCGCGAUUGUUUCUUAAUGUUAUCAAAAAGAACACAACCCAAGAAGAAAUAAGAGUCGAAUAGACAUCGAAUCGACAUCGAUUAGCCGUCGAUGACGUCUAAAAGACGUCGAAUCGACGUCUAUUCGAUUUCCCAUUUCUCUCUGGGAAGUUGCUACGUAAAUAAGAUUUAAUUAAAUGCAUGCGUGAUAUUCGGACAAUGCGACAACUUAGAACAUUGUUAAAGAACGUUUCUCAGACGUUCAUAUCGCACUUGUAAUAAAACAAAUGAAGGCUGUAGGAGGGAUGCACACGCACAUAAAAUACAAGAAGGAACGUUAACAAACUCAUGAAAGAUCUUUGAAAAGGAACAAUUUGAUUUGAUGACGAACAUAGAGAAUAUAAAACUUUAUUACCUCAAUUAUUUUAUCGAAUAACUGAUGAUCGCAUAAAAAUGUUUACGAAUUGUAUGCUUCGACUCUUUCGAGGCGGGCUUUCCGAUUCAAAUUUCCUCGAUGAACAUAAAGGUAUCUCAUCGGAAUCCUUCUAAAUUAUACAACACCUGAAUCAUUAUCACAUCUCAGAUUCAAGAUGCUACGUGCCUCAUGGUGCAAAAAUUGUUGGGAUCGCCUAUUCCGGAAGGAUCGAAAUUAAGAUGUAAUAUACUAUUCGAUUAUGCAUGCAUACUUGAUAUUUCGGGAGCAGAUAUUUACUGUACUUGUCCUGUGCUGAGAAUUUGGCUGUUGUUACCCGUUUCUAAGGAAACAAGCCACCUAGGUGUUGACAACCACACGUAUCUUAGCACGUAGAACGAAAUACCUAUCGCUCGGAAUUCUUCUACCGUAAAAAUUCCUCCUUUCUUACAAAUUUUGCGGAAAGUGGUAACGCACAAAGAGGUAAUGAGGAGAAGGGUCAUUUACCAAGUAAAUCGGUAAAGUUUUAUCUAUCGUAAACGUAAAGCACUCGAAUUCAGUCGAAUGUAACAUUGAUAAAGUUGACGGCUGAGAAUGAACGAGACACCGCAGGCGACCGCCAAAGAUGAAGCGUGUACAAGCGCCGCGAUCGAGUACCACGUUAUGGACAUCCUGAAUCCCACGCUACAUCACCACGAUCUGCUGCAGAGUUACGUGCGAAUACGCACAGAGACCGGCUCUGACUCGAAGAAGGAUCAGGAGGAGUUCGAGGAGCCGAACAAGGACACACACCUAAGUAAAUACGCGACGCUGAGUGAUAGUGGUGACGAUAACACUCGUAAAAGUAAUGCUCACAAUGCGCACGGUAAGAAGAAAAAGAACAACGACAAAAAGGAAAAGAAGAGACUCGACGUCGCCACCAUGGAGUCAGAGAUGAGGAUUCAAAAGACCCGGAGAAAAUGACGCCAACAAGAUGACUGUCACCGGCAAGAGGAAGUAUACACCGACAAGGAUCGCGCCGCU